GGAGACUGAAUUAUCUUCAAAGACUUGUAGACCUUCAUCUGCUCUUCAUCGGCAGCGUCGGCCCGGCAGCCAAUCAGGAGGCUCCUGUCAGCAUGUCCGCCCCGGCCCUGCUCAGCCGGACCCUGCUGGUCCAGGUCCUGGUCCUGGUCCAGGUCCUGGUCCUGGUCCAGGUCCAGACCUGCGGCGCAUCCUCGCCCCCUCUGCCGCUCUCUCUGGCCGUGCGUCCGGACGCCUCCUCCGGCUCCCACUGCGCCUCCUGCGCCCUGGCCCAGAUGAGGAGGAGCGAGGAGGAGGCGCAGCAGGAGGUGGUGGAGGCCGUGAAGAGGCACAUCCUCACCGCGCUGCACCUCCUGCGGAGGCCCAACGUCACGCGGCCCGUGCCGCGCGCCGCGCUCCUCAACGCGCUGCGCAAGCUGCACGUGGGCCGCGUGGCCGAGGACGGCAGCGUGCACAUCGAGGGGGGGGAGGAGGCGCGGGGAGGAGGAGGAGGAGGAGGAAGAGGAGGAAGAGGAGGAGGAAGAGGAGCGGCGGAGCGCAUGGGAGAUUCACAGGAGACCACCGAGAUCAUCACCUUCGCUGAGGCUGGUGCGUCUCCGGGCCUGGUGGACUUCGUGGUGUCCAGAGAGCGUGGCGGCGUGUCCGUGGUGGAGCAGGCCGCCGUGUGGCUGUUCCUCCGCCUGCCGAAGACCAACCGCAGCCGCACCAAGGUCACCAUCCGCCUGCUGCAGCAGCGCCGGCCGGCCGCCGGGCGCCCGUGCGCGGCGCCGGACGGCGUGCCGCUGGCGGAGAAGGCCGUGGACACGCGGCGCAGCGGCUGGCACACCUUCCCGGUGUCGGCGGCGGUACAGGCGCUGCUGGAGGACGGCGGCGGCGCCGCGCUGAGCCUCCGGGCCUCCUGCCCGCUCUGCGCCGCCGCCGGUGCCGCUCUCGUGCUGGUCUCCGCCGGCGCCGGCCAGCGGGACCAGUCCCACCGGCCCUUCCUCAUGGCCGUGGUGCGGCGGGGCGGCGCCGGCUCGCCGCGGCGCCAGAAGCGCGGCCUGGAGUGCGAUGGGAAGGCGCGCGUCUGCUGCAAGCGCCAGUUCUACGUCAACUUCAAGGACAUCGGCUGGAACGACUGGAUCAUCGCGCCGCCCGGCUACCACGCCAACUACUGCGAGGGCGACUGCCCCGCCCACCUGACGAGCGUCGCCGGCUCCUCGCUGUCCUUCCACUCCACCGUCAUCGGCCACUACCGGCUGCGCGGCUACAGCCCCUUCCAGAGCCUCCGGUCCUGCUGCGUGCCCAGCAGCCUCCGGGCCAUGUCCAUGCUGUACUACGACGAGGAGCAGCAGAUCAUCAAGAAGGACAUCCACGACAUGGUGGUGGAGGAGUGCGGCUGCUCGUAG